CUGGGCGGGGCGCGCGCGGGUCUCGGCUCCUCACGCGCCGCGCCCGUAGCCCCAGCUCGCGCGCCGCGGGGAAGCCCGGCGGCCAGCGCCGUCCGCGAGCCCACGCCGUGGCCGAGGAGGAGCCGCGGGCGCCCAGAAGAGAAGGCAAAAUCCCAGUGAAGAAAGUGACUUGACCAACUCACUGAGCUGGAGUGAAGAGCUCCUGACUGCCACCUGGUGCUUUUCCACUCUGCCUCAUUUCCUGUUUCUCCACUGGAGGAAAAGUAAAAGUUUCCCUGUCAUCCACAGAAAAAUGAAUCAUUUAAACCUUUGGAGGACUCAAUUAUAAUACUUCAAUACUACCAACUAAGAUUGAUGACAGUAAAUUUCUUCACUAUAGAACUGCUGAAGAACUAAAAGAAGAUAUUCUUUUAUAAAAAGUUCUAUAGUGUGAUGAUAUUACUAAACAAAACUUAAAAACUCAAUUAUUAAAUUAUUAGAUUUGCUAAGAAAAGCACACAUGUGCAGUUGCUACUGUAUCUUGACAGUUUUACUAAACCUCAAAUUUAGACAGUUCCUUUUGUAGGAAAGUCAUUGCAAGAAACCACUGAACAGUGCCAUCAGAUAUAUUUCCAGCCAAGUGUUACUUAGGAAAAUUUACUUGAAACAACUCCUAUAGAAUUCCAAAUCCCACCACUAAGUGAAUUUGAUAUUAUGGCAGCAACUUACAGACUUGUGGUCAGUACUGUGAACCACUAUAGCAGCGUGAUAAUAGACCGGCGUUUUGAACAAGCUAUACAUUAUUGCACUGGAACCUGCCACACCUUCGCCCAUGGAGUCGAUUGCAUUGUGGUGCACCAUAGCGUUUGUGCAGACCUCUUACACAUCCCUGUGUCUCAGUUCAAAGAUGCUGACCUGGACUCUAUGUUCCUACCCCAUGAAAAUGGGUUUUCCUCAGUUGAAGGCGACUAUUCCCACCAGGCCCUUAUUGGCAUACCCAGGAUCAGGAAAGGAUCUACAUUUCAAAACACCUGUAACUUAAAGGACAUUGCAGGAGAAGCAAUCAGUUUUGCCAGUGGGAAAAUAAAGGAGUUUUCCCUUGAAAAACUCAAAAACUCUAACCAUGCAGUUUACAAAAAAGGAAGGAAAGUUAAAUCUGAUUCAUUUAAUAGGAGGUCAGUUGAUUUUGACUUGCUUUGUGGCCAUUAUACCAGUGACGGGAACUCCCCGUCCUUUGGAUUACUUCGGAGUUCCUCAGUUGAGGAAAAAUCUUUGUCCCAUAGAAGUUCACUUGAUUCAAGCCUCACUUCAAUGCUUCUUCAGAACAUCUCUGAAGAAGACUUAGUCACUCAGAUUUUGGAAAAACAUAAACUCGAUCAUUUUUCUCCUGGAACAGACAUAAAGAUGUGCUUGGACAUCUUGCUGAAAUGCUCUGAGGAUUUGAAAAAAUGCACAGACAUCAUAAAACAGUGCAUAAAGAAAAAGUCAGGGAGCAACAUCAAUGAAGGGAAUGGUAAUGAUGCUAUUUCUAGCCCUGAAACUAUCUAUAUGACUGUAAUGAGCAGGUUAGCAUCAUACCUCAAAAAGUUACCAUUUGAAUUCAUGCAGUCUGGGAAUAAUGAGGCUAUAGACUUAACGGAACUUGUCAGUAAUAUGCCUAGUUUACAAUUGACUCCCUUCUCCCCGAUGUUUGGCACCGAACAGCCUCCUAAAUAUGAAGACGUUGUCCAGCUCACAGCCCCUGAUGCAGGAAGAGUUCAGGCUAUAGAAAUGCAAAAUGAAAAGCACAAUACUAGGAAAAUAGAUAAUACAAAACCCAUUCCAACCAAUUCAGUGAAUUCCUUAUAUAAUUUAGAGAAAAAUGAUCCCAAAUCUUUAAAAGAUACCCAGCAUCCAUCACAGUCAUUAACCAUAAAUCCUUUAGAAAAUUCUUCUGCUAAUGUAAUAGAUACCCUUUUUAUUGAAGAAGAGUCUGAUGGUGAGAAAGCAUUAGCUAAAGGACAAAGGACAGAGAAUGGACUCAGUCAGGAAUCAUUAAAGGAAAAUAAAGAUAAAGCAGAAUUUUCAGAUCACAGUGCUCAUCUGAAGAAAGGUCCUGCCUCAAUGCAGACUGAAAUUGCUAAGACGAUAUAUAAGAAGCCAGUUGCUGAUUUACCUGAGGAAAAUUUUAAAUCAAAAGUUGCUAAAGUUGAAGAGGGAGACCACAGAGAUUUCAUGAAUCCAAAUAGUCAGGAAGAAAUAGAUAAGUUAUUAAUGGACUUGGAAUCUUUUUCACAGAAAAUGGAGACCUCUCUAAGAGACCCUCUUGCCAAUGGUAAAAGCUCCAACCCUGCAAAUAGUCAUAGUCCAUUGACUGGUCAGAGUCCUGUAGACUUUGGAUCUAAAUCUAAAAUCUCUUCACCCAUGGAAAAAGUCUCACCCUCCUGUCUGACAAGAAUUAUUGAAACCAAUGGACAUAAAAUAGAGGAAGAGGAUCGAGCCCUCUUACUGAAAAUUCUAGAAAGUAUUGAAGACUUUGCUCAAGAACUAGUUGAAUGUAAAUCAGGCAGAGGAAGCCUCUCACAAGAAAAGGAAAUGAUGCAGAUUCUUCAGGAAACUUUGACAACAUCUUCCCAGCCCAAUUCAAUCUGUAGAAGUUCCCCUGUUGAUGAUAAGGCUAAAGAUGCUACAGUGGUUUUGAUUCAACAGACACCAGAGGUGAUCAAGAUUCAAAACAAACAAGAAAAGAAACCUGGAACACCACUUGCACCUCCAGCCGCCUUUCCAAGUAGUCCUCAACCUCUCUCCCCUGUUCCUCAUGUGAACAAUGUUGUGAAUGCAUCAUUGUCCAAAAACAUUCCACAAUUCUACUUUCCUGAAGGACUCCCAGAUGCCUGCAGUAACCACGAACAAACACUAAGCAGAAUUGAAACUGCUUUCAUGGAUAUUGAAGAUCAGAAAGCAGACAUUUAUGAAAUGGGAAAAAUUGCAAAGGCCUGUGGCUGCCCUCUCUACUGGAAAGCCCCCCUGUUCCGGGCUGCCGGAGGAGACAGGACGGGAUCUGUGUCGGCACAGGCGUUCAUUGCCAUGUGGAGAGAGCUGCUGAAUAACCAUCAUGAUGAUGCCUCUAAGUUUAUUCAUCUCCUAGCAAAACCCAGCUGCUGCUCUCUGGAGCAGGAGGACUUUGUCCCUUUACUUCAGGAUGUGGUGGAUACACACCCUGGCCUCACGUUCCUGAAAGACGCUCCAGAAUUCCACUCCCGGUAUAUCACCACGGUUAUUCAGAGAAUAUUCUACACAGUCAACAGGUCUUGGAGUGGAAAAAUUACUUCGACAGAGAUAAGGAAAAGCAACUUUUUGCAAACACUGGCUCUUCUAGAAGAAGAGGAAGAUAUCAACCAAAUCACAGAUUACUUCUCCUAUGAACAUUUCUAUGUUAUUUAUUGUAAAUUCUGGGAACUGGACAGUGAUCACGACCUUUACAUCAGCCAGGACGAUCUCUCUCGUUACAAUGACCAGGCUUCUUCAAAUAGGAUCAUUGAAAGGAUAUUUUCUGGGGCAGUAACAAGGGGAAAAACUGUACAGAAAGAGGGAAGAAUGAGCUAUGCAGAUUUUGUAUGGUUUCUGAUCUCUGAAGAAGACAAAAGGAACCCUACCAGCGUUGAAUACUGGUUCCGCUGCAUGGAUGUGGAUGGAGAUGGCGUCCUGUCCAUGUAUGAGCUGGAGUACUUCUAUGAGGAGCAGUGUGAGCGCAUGGAAGCCAUGGGCAUUGAGCCCUUGCCGUUCCAUGAUCUGCUGUGCCAGAUGCUUGAUUUGGUGAAGCCAGCCAGCGAUGGCAAAAUAACUCUACGAGAUUUGAAGAGAUGCAGAAUGGCUCACAUCUUUUAUGACACUUUCUUUAAUUUGGAGAAAUACUUAGACCAUGAGCAGAGAGAUCCCUUUGCAGUCCAGAAGGAUGUUGAGAACGAUGGGCCCGAGCCCUCCGACUGGGACAGGUUCGCCUCCGAGGAGUAUGAGACGCUGGUUGCGGAGGAGUCUGCGCAAGCGCAGUUCCAGGAAGGCUCUUUUGAAGAUUAUGAAACAGAAGAAACUGCCUCUCUCUCUGAAUUUGGAAACAAGAACAGUAAAAUAACUUCAAAUGUUUCAGAGAAAUGUGGAAAGCUUCAGUCAGUGGACGAAGAGUAGCUGGCCAGUGUCUACACAAAAAUUUGUAUUUUAAAUUUUUCUUGUGAAGAGAUGCUCUAGUUUGCAUACUGCUUUUUAAGGCUUUGGUUUCUGCAAGUGUGUAUCUGCACUAGGAACUGUAAUAUGUUUUUAAAUGAUAGGUUUGGAUACACUUUGAAAGUCUCCUCCAUUUUGCCUCAACCAUAAUGAGCUUUCCUUCGAAAUCAGUUAUGAUGUACAUCACCACCGAAGUCUGCAAAGAAUCAGCACUCUUCAACCACUAAAUGUACCAAGAUCACGAAAACACACCAAGCACAGUUUUCUGCACAGAACUGGUAGUUGCCUCUGCUGCCUGGCACUCGAGGCCCCUCAAUGCUCCUGUGGAGCUGAGACACCUUCACUUGCAGAAAACUUGAGUAAAAUUCUGGAACUUGAAAAAGGGCCUUCGGAACAGACUUAGCCCUUGGUAAUAAAAGCACUGCCAAACAUCUCAGAGACUUCCUUUAAUUUUAUGUGUACUGGAGUUCAAAGAUCUUGAACUUACUUGGUUUAAUGUAGUUUCAUGAUGACCUGCCAAACUGCUAGUCACUUUACAUCCUCAGGUAUUGUAACCACCAGGCCUUCCACAACCUUGCUGGCAAGCUCUGAAUAAUCCUUCCCCAUCCUGUGGAUCUUACAUAAACCUGAAGAAAAUAUUUUAAUAGAAACAAGUACAUUGGGACUGGAGAAAGCACAGCGGGUAAGGCGCCUCCUUGCAUGCAGCCAACCAGAUUCAACACCUGGCACCCAAUAUGGUCCCCAAGCCUACCAGGAGUAAUCCCUGAGCUCUGUAGAGCCAGGACUAACCUGAGCAUCACCAGGUGUGGCCCCCAAACCCCCCAAAUUUAAAAAGUAAUUUGAUUCAUACUUUUAAAAUGUUAACAUUUGGCAUUAAUCUCUCUCUAAUUUAGUUGAUGCCCCACUCAUAUUUCCUAUCAGAAGGCUUGUUUAAAUGAUAUGAGAAAAUUCUAACUAGAGCUUUAUCGCUGAAUGCUAAUCAUUAUUUCAUGCUGAAAAUAAACUACUACUCUAAUAUUCUACCCAACUCUUAUUUGUAACAAAAAUUCAAGAAAACUGUGAUGCUACUCAUUAAACUUAUUUUAUGUUUAAUGGUACAUGGGUUUCUUACAGACGUCUGGGGUUUUUUUUGUUCCCCCAGAGAAACAACGUAGUCAAAUUCUGUAACAUUCUUGAAAAUUGGAAGCAUUAAUAAGAAGGAAAUGGGCCUGAGCAAUAGUACAGCAGUAGGGCAUUUGCCUUGCCCGUGGCCGACCCGGGUUCAAUCCCCGGCAUCCCAUAUGGUCCCCCAAGCACCGCCAGGAGUAAUUCCAGAGUGCAAAGCCAGGAGUAACCCCUGAGCAUCACUGGGUGUGACCCAAAAUCAAAAAAAAAUUUCUUAAAAAUUAAAAAAAGAAAUUUCUGAUUAUUCAAGAAAUCCCCUAAGCAAAUUUAUACAUAUUUUUUAUCUUUCCCCGAUUUUUUUUAAAUGACAAGCCCUGAAUGUCAGAAUUCUUUCCUUCCCAUCAUCACUUGGUACCCUACAAGGUGUGAAGGCUAAACACUGAAAUAAUCAAACCUUGGUCUCUGUUAGACAGAGCAGAAAAUGUUUAGGAAAUAUACCAUCAAAUGCUAUAGUAAUUAAUAGAUGCAGUAAUUCUAACAACCAGUGUCAAUAUCCUCCCAACUUCCUGUCACUUUACCUUCAUGAGCAAAACGAUCUUCCACUUAAAAUGUUCACAGAAACUAUUAAAGUAAUCUAAUACAUGAGAAAGCAUUAAAAGUGACUAUUUAAGCUCUACAUAAAGCACAUAAACACUGGUACAUUAUUAGGGCUAAAAGUAUUCAUAUAAAGGCUGAAGCAAUAGUACAGCAGGUAGGGUGUUUGCCUUGUACACGGACAACCUGGGUUCGAUCCCUAGCAUCCAGUAUGGUCCCCGAGCACCGCCAGGGGUAAUUCCUAAGUGCCAAGCCAGGAGAAACCCCUGAGCAUCAUCGGAUGUGACUCAAAAAAGCUGAAAAAAUAAAAGUAUUCAUAUAAGUUCCAGAGCAAUAGUACAGCGGGUAGGGCAUUUGCCUUGCACGCAGACUACCUGGGUUCAAUCCCGGCAUCCCAUGCGGUCCCCAAGCACUGCCAGGAGUAAUUCCUGAGUGCAGAGCCAGGAGUAAUCCCUGAGCAUCACCAGGUGUGACAAAAAAAGCCCAAAAAAUGUAUUCAUGACAUUUACCAUGUCCUCUACCAAGGAAGGAAGCAAUGCCUUUUUUUCCCCAAAAAAGUAUUUAAAAUGCAUUUUAGGAGUCACAGAUAAGGGUUUCUAAAACUCAGUAAAUACUAAAACUCAACUUGCCUACAUACAUGUGGUUUUUCUUUUUAACAUUUUUCUUACUUUCAAAGUUUAUUAUAAAUGUAGAACUAUCAAUGUCGUAUCAUUUAAAGUAAGGCUGUUUGAUUUCGGGUACCCAAAGUCUAUCUUCAGACUGUGUGUUCCAUUGUAGUCUUAGCAAGAAAUAUAAGAAAUAUGAAUUCUGACAAAAUAGGAUAGUAGAGUACUUGACUUUAUGGUAAAGAUCAUAUUGAAUGUAAUUAUUACUGUCCAGAUGGAAAAUUCAAGUUGUUAAAGUAUCUCAGGCCCCUUGAUAAAAGUUAACCGUCAUCAUGCAUGAUCUUAAUGCUACUCAAUGAAAUGUGAGUUUCGUAGCUUAACAAUUACCAAGGUAAUCAAACCUAUAAAAUUCUGUGUAUUUUCCCUGUAUCUUACCUGUCACUAUGUAUCAUUCAAAGUGUUUAUAAACUCUAGAUUAAUCAUAUAAGGUAAGUCAUUUGAUCAACUUUUGGAAAUGUUAAAAGUGUGUUUGGGUGGGGGAAAGCCUGCAUGAUUUAACUGUUUAUACUUUUCCUUUUUGCAAAACUGAAUAAAGACAAGUUAUCAAAUAUGGA